AUGUACAGGAAGGUGCGGCAUGCGAUGACAGUGCUCGGAGCAACAACGUCAACACUUCGAAAGUACCAGAAAUUGGUGCCUGACGACUUGAAGGUCAGCACAGCAAUCGUAGAACCGAACCAGAGGGGGCAGCGACAUACCCGGCUACCCUGGAUAUGGACGACGGAUGUUCAAGGCGAUAUGAACGCAAAUGAGACAAUGACGGAAUUACACCGUGUGCAUUGGUUCCGAGCACGGUCACAGUUCGAGCGAGCCGAAGAAGAGGACAAUAUCCUCCGCCGGGAGCUGGAUUCUGUCCGGAGAUAUUUUGAGUACGAGACGAAACGGUGGGCAGAUCAUGCCGCCAACCGGAAGAGCGGAAAGUAUCCUGGGUAUGCGGAGGUGUGCCGUCACAGGCAACAUAUGUACAAGGUGCUACAAAAGGAUGCUGACACUGCCUAUGGUAUCAUGUACCUGGGGAGAUAA